UAAAAACAUCAGUCUGUGUGACGCUAGUGGUCCACUUGUGCAUGAGACAUUUCACCAAAAACUGAAGCCACACAGAGGUAAAUUAUUGUAGACAUGGGAUGGACCUAUUCCAUUAUAUGGUUUCUGUGUUUGCAAGCGAGUGAGCGCUGGAAACUGGCCCACUCUCAACCCUUAACAGAUGGGGAGGUUCAUUCCCCUCAGUAUCCCCAACCUUACCCUCCCAACCAGAAAAAGGAGUGGGACCUGUGGGUUCCUGAGGGCUACCAGAUUCAGCUUUCACUAACACACCUGGAUAUUAAAGCUUCUUCAGGCUGCAUUGAGGACUCUCUGACGGUUCUCUAUGAUCAAAAGGUCUUGGGGAAGUUUUGUGGUCAGGAAAAUUCAACUGCUCAGCCAAUCCUUUCUCAAGGCAACAAGCUGACUCUCAUAUUCCAAACAAGUGACUCCACUGCAGAGCUUCAACAGCACACUGGCUUCUCUGCUACCUACAAGGCAAUAGAUAUAGAUGAGUGUUCAAAACCAGACCCUGGAGAUGGCUCAGGUCCACUCUGCUCUCAGAUCUGCGUCAACACUCCUGGUUCUUACCACUGCUCCUGCCACUAUGGUUACAAUCUUCAUUUAGACCAGCACACGUGUUUGUUAUCCUGUGAUGGUUGUAUAUUUGACAAGCAUGAAGGACAUCUGUCCAGUCCAGGGUACCCUGGCCCCUCACCUCCGAUUCUGUCCUGCAAGUACAUCAUCUCCGUGGAGCCCAGACACACUGUCACUCUAAACUUUAGUGACAACUUCCACAUUGAGAGUGUGGACACUCAGCAAGGUUCCAGGUGUCUAAAUCACUGGCUGCAGGUGACCAUUCCAGGCAGAGAGCCCAUGAAGCUGUGUGGCAAAAAGAGUCCGGGUCUAAUAGUUACAAAUUCCAAUACUGUCAGACUGGACUACCACACUGAUAAUGAAGGCCUGAGUCACGGCUGGAGCCUGGACUACAGCACAAACAGGAUUAAAUGUCCAUUUCCAGGUAAUGUCACUAAGGGCAGGGUGACUCCUGUCUUAAAUGAAUAUUUCUUCAGAGAUUACAUACAUGUGACCUGUAAGCAAGGAUACAAGCUGAUGAAGGAUGGUCAAGAGGUCAAGACGUUCUCGGCCAUGUGUCAAAGCGACGGACAGUGGAACCUCCCUCUGCUAAAAUGCCAGAUAAUUGAUUGUGGAGAACCUGAACCUCUGCUCAAUGGAAGGUUGACUUUCCUUUCUGGCUCUAGGAAUCAGUACCGUUCUGUUGUUCAGUAUCACUGUAACGAACCAUUUUACUCUCUCCCUCAGGGUGUAACAGUUAGUUUCACCUGUGAAGCAGAUGGAAAAUGGCGGUCUAAACACAAUGUCACUCCAACCUGUAUACCUGUCUGUGGCAAACCCAUAAAACUCAUAUCUGCCUAUCAGGGGACCGUUGUAGACAGCGAUGGUCCAGAAAAUACCAUCCCACCAUAUCAUCCCAUACCCUGGCAUGUUUUCCUGAGUAUAGAUGGGAAGGGAGCAGGAGGCAUGGUGAUUGCAGACCGCUGGAUUAUGACUGCAGCUCAUGUCUUAGUAAAUGAAGAUACAACAUCAAACAGCUCUAUACAGAUUUACAUAGGAGGUACUGUUAUUGAAAACUUACUGAGCUCUCCUGUGUAUGCUGCCUCAGUCCAUAUUCACCCUGAAUACAACAACCACCUUGGCUCAGACUACAACAAUGACAUUGCCUUGAUCAAACUGCAAGACCCAGUCACAUUCAACGCAUCCAUUAUGCCAAUAUGUUUGCCAACAGGGGAUGCCACGUAUGUCACCGACAUGAUAGGACUGGUGUCAGGCUUUACAAUUAGAGAAACUGACAACCAAUGGAUUUUAACAAAUAAGCUGAAGUAUGUGCACCUUCUUGUGGUGGAGCAGGAGACAUGCAGUAAUUCAGUCAAUAAGCUGAAGAAGACAAACAACAACUUACCAAGUCUGACAAAUAACAUGUUUUGCGCUGGAGUGCCUGAAGGUGGGAAAGACUCCUGUCAUGGUGACAGUGGAAGUGCCCUCGCCCUCAAGGAUGGCAGACGGUUCUGGGCUGCUGGGAUUGUCAGCUGGGGGGUUAGCUGCGGACAGCAGGGAACAUAUAGAGUCUAUACCAGGGUUGCUAACUACAUGGACUGGAUCAACAAGACUAUGCAGGAGAAGUGAAUUUACAAUAUUUCAUCACUAGGUUCAAAAAACCUUUGUGUGCUGAACAAAACCAGACACAAACAGAGUCAAAUAAAAACAAAAGAGGAUGAACAGUUUGGCUCAUACAGUCUCUCCUUAAUUUUCUUUCAAUAAAAUGAUGAACAUGUGGAGAGAUUUACAAA